GAACCGCCUCAAUCGGUCCACCCUCAUAAUUACAGUCAUAUCGUUGCUUAUUCACCAAAGGUCACAGUACAGCGGUGGUAGCCCUCACGUUACUAUGUUACCACCUUUGCGCAUACAUCGGAACCAAUUAUCCCCUAUACUCCGAUCCUCUUUAUUCGGAAGUCAGGGUCACUGGGCGUAGUUCUUUAUCUACAAUUAUUCAUAACUACACAUCUAAUUUCCUCUUUUAUCCCACGUUUUUCAAGCUUCUGAGCCCUUCAUCUUCCUUUUGCUCCCCCAAGGGUCCGAUAUAGUAUGCCGUCACGUGCCUUCGCUGCCGAACAGCUGCUCAGUUUUUCUUCCAACCGAUUCACGAAUCUGGCGCAUAUUUCAGCAGAUUCGAAGGUAUCCUGUUUGGUUUUCAUAUCACCAGGGAACCCCACUUGCACACAAUGGGUAUCACGAUCAGACCGGCAACCAUAGAGGACAUCCAGGGGAUGCAAAAUGCCAACCUCCACAACCUCCCUGAAAACUAUCAGUUGAAGUACUACAUGUACCACCUCCUCUCGUGGCCACAGGCGUCGUUUGUGGCAACCACAACGGGCAGCGAUUAUGACGAUACGAUAAACGACGAGAAAGUCCAGGCUGUUAAAUAUGACACGUCCUAUGUGAACAAGCACGAGAAAAUUGUUGGCUACGUGCUCGGCAAGAUGGACGACGAUAACGACAACAAAGAUGACGAGCCGCCACACGGUCAUAUCACCUCAGUGUCGGUAAUGAGAACGUACAGAAAGAUGGGGCUUGCGGAAAAGUUGAUGAGACAGGCAUUGUACACGUUUGCAGAGGUGUACAGCGCCCAGUAUGUCAGUCUCCACGUGAGAAAGUCGAACCGUGCCGCGCUACAUUUGUACAGGGACACGUUGCAGUUCGAAGUCUUGUCGAUCGAAAAGUCGUACUACCAGGAUGGAGAGGAUGCCUACAGCAUGAAGUUGGUGUUGGACUUGGACCAGUUGAUGCCGUUCAAAUUCCAGAACGCCGAGGUGGAUGAUUUGGAGAGCGACUUGUUAGAGGGCUUGUAAAUUAAUAUUGAAGAGGCUAAGAUAGAGCUUUUAUGAAGGGAUGGGAGUGUAGGUAGACGGACAAUAGGGGCUGUAGUUAGGAUUGGAAGGCAACAGAAUCGCAACGUUUAUAACCACAGUGAUUGGAGAUCCAGAGCAGACGGCAAAGUUGAUGGGAUGGGUAUGGGAUUAUAACUGGCCUUCAGUAAUCUACCAAUCACUGGUUUGGUUUUUGUAAAAAGCAUGGAAAAAGAUGUUGGGAGGUUAAUAUCUGGAUGGCUGUUAUGGACGAGUGAAAGUACGUGGGAUUUUGGCAGACCUUAGAGAUUAAGAACAAGGGUGCAGUUGGGUCGUAAAACAGACAAUAGAGUGGUUGUAAGUGAAGGUUUAUCACACACUCGACUCGUGAGAUCUAGAGAGCACCCUUUUACUUCUCAUAGAAACCAGC